ACGCAGGCCGCGGUCCUCCAGAUCACGGAGGCGAGGCGCCAGGAGGAGCAGGCCAACAACGACAGGAGGGCGACCCUGGAGUUGGCCCUCCGCGUCGCGAACCGCGGCGGGAACGAGAUCAUCGACGCGAAGGGAGUAGGACAGCCAGGAAAGUUUUCCGGGAAGGAGGAGAGCGAGUUCCAGGAGUGGGCGCACAAGGUCGCGUGCUUCAUGUCGGCGAAGUUCGGCCCGGACUUCACUGCUGCCCUAAAGUGGGCGGCGCCCCAGCGGAAGAAGAUCACGAGCGACGGGGGCGGGGACAGCGUGAACUUCAUGGACGCCUUCGGCGAGGACAUCGUGGACUUGGAGGCGAAGGCGGCCAACCUGCACACGUACCUCGUGUCGUUCACGACGCACAGCGCCAACAAGGUCGUCAGGGACGCCGGGCAGCACCAAGGGCUAGAAGCCUGGCGCCGCCUCCACGCCGAGUACGACCCCACGUCGGCGAUGCGCCGGGUCGUGAUUCUCGGCAAGGCUCUCGAGGACUGGCUGAUGAGGAAGCGCCAGUACGAAGAGUUCACGGACCGAGACGGGCAGCCGUGCAAGGUCAGCGAGGAUUCCCUGAUUGCCGCCAUGUACAGGUUGGCGCUGGCGGACCUGGAGACGCAGUUGAUGUUCAACGCGGCGGAGGACGAGACCUUCGCGGACAUCUUCAACAGGCUGAGCAGCUACGCCUCGCCCAAGCACUCCCUGAAGUUGGGCGCCAAGCAGAAGAACACGAGGCGAGGCCCCGACGACAUGGACGUCGGCGCGCUGGCCCCGCAGCAUCGGCCGGGCGUCCAGUGCUGGAAGUGCGGCAAGAUGGGUCAUUACGUAAAGAGCCUCGGCAAGAAGGGAGGCAAAGGCGACGGUAAAUCCGGAGGAUGCUGGACGUGCGGCGGCAACCACAAGCAGGUGGGCUGCAGGGGCGGCAAGACCAUGAGCUCGCUCGACGACUGGCCGGCUGACGCCCCGAUGCCCUGGUGGAACCAGUCCUCCGCCACCGAGCCGGAGGCGGAGCAGAACGGCCUCGACAUCAGCGGCGACGAGUGGCUGCGCAUCAACUACGAUACGGGCGCGGCCACUACUGCGUUUCCCUUGGAGUUCGGCGACGGGCUGAACUUGCAGCAGAAGGGCGAGUUCCGGGUGGCUUCCGGCGACGUGAUUCCGGACUUCGGCCGCGUCCGAGUGCCAGGCAUUGACGAGCAUGGCAACCAGAGGGGCAUCUCGGGUGCCGUCACUGCGGUGCACAAGCCGCUCGGGUCGGCCGCGGAGGUGUCCAAGGGCCACGACUCCUUCAUCUGGCACAACGGCGGCGCGCUGGUGCCUAAGCACCACCCGGUGGCAGUGGGCACGCGGCGUGCCUUCAACGAGCUGACCCGGUAUUACGGCAGGGAGGAGAAGCAGAACGGGAAGCCGGUCAGCCUCUUCGGAUUUUCCGGGGCAGGCUUCUCGGCCGUAAGUCCGGUGGUGGAUCAGGUCAAACACGACGGCAUCAUCUUGGCGCCGCUCGAGAACCCGAUCGCGGGCACCACCUACGAGGACGACUGGAAGCAGGACGGCAUCAUGAAGGAGACCACCCGGUUGUACGACGGCCGAGUGGAGUUCGAGAGGACCGACGGCGAGUGGAGGUCCUUCGAGGUGAAGCGGGGCGGCUACGCGCAGAGCCCGCUGGGCAUGGACCCGGACCCCAAUCGGUGGACGGGUCGGCGCAAGACUGUGGCCACGGCGGUUUGGGAGAGAUCCGCUGGCCCACAGAUGUCCGCGACUGCAGCGCAGCAGCUGGCAGACGACUGGCAGGCGGCUCAGGAUCCGAACAUCAUCGAGGAAUCGGAGGAGUUCAAGAGAGCGCGGGCCGCGCGAGGCCCGACCCGGGCUCAAAAGGAGGAGCACGGGGAGCAGAAUCACGCGGUGUACCGGUCGCGGUGCCCCGUCUGCCGGGCUGCCAGGGCGACCGGCACGCAGCGCCGCGUUGAGGUAGAGAGGGGCGCGGACGAGGAGAAGGAAGGCCCACGCAUUUACAGCGACUACUUCUUCAUGAGCACGGACGAGACCUCGGCCCCGCACUUGAUCAUCAAGAGCUCGAGGUCAGGGCGACUUUAUGCUACUUCGAUUCCGGCGAAAGGCGUGGCCGAGUACAGCGUGAGGUUCUUCGGCAACACGGUGCACGGGAAUGGCCUCAAGAAGUACAUUAACCACAGCGACAACGAGCCGGCGUUGGUUGCGCUCAAGGAGGCGGCAGCGAAAUCAUGCCCAUCAGCGGAGGCCAUUCCGAGGUCGGCGCCUGUGGGAGACCACCAGGCCAACGGCAGCAUCGAGGUGGGCGUGCGCGAGGUCAAGCGCCAAAUGCGUGCAACACGCCUGGCGUUGGAGCAGAAGCUGGGGCACAAGCUGAACGAGAGCGACCCUAUGCUGAGCUGGAUCGCGGGCUUCGCGGCCGACACCAUCGCGAAGCACCGCAGGGGCAGCGACGGCAAGACCCCGUACGAGCGGGAGACGGGGCGGAAGUGGAAGAAGCCGAGCAUCCAGUUCGGCGAGAAGAUUGCCUUCAAGGUGGCACGAGAACGAGUUGGACGACCUAAACGUGAUUGGGAGCCGGUGACGGUGGACGCGCGCUACAUCGGCCACCAUGCGCGGACUGGAGCAGUAUUGGGUCUCAGCUCUGACGGCGUGGUGCAGGGCAUUGCAUUUGCACGCCUGCCGGCUGCUGAGAGGUGGAGCUGCGCUGGCUGGGAUCAACUGCGAAGAGUACCAUGGGAUGUACAGGCGCCACGGGACGCAGCACCCGAAGGCGGCGCGGAGCCGGCAGCGGCCGUGCCGGUACCGGUCGCUCCGCCGGCGGUGCCCGAUGUGGUGGCACCGAGAGCGUUCUACGUACGCAAGAAGGACGUGCUUAAGUAUGGGCUCACGGCUGGAUGCCCAGGGUGCCACGCAGUGGCACGAGGCGCUGGCGCGCAGACGCACGACGCGGCCGACAGGAGGCUGGAGGACAGGCACAGGCCGAUCCAGGCCAAAAUCUGGCUGCGGGUAGCUCCGCGCCUCCGGCAGCACAGGCCGAUCCAGGCCAAAAUCUCCGGGGGCCUCCGGCUGCGGCAGGGUGCUUCGGACUCGCCGAGGGUCAAGAGGAGUGGAAGCGAUGCCGGAUCGCCACCGAAGGUGGCGAAGUGGACGGGCACGGGAGGCGGCCGAUAUAAGCGGAAGGCCGACGACCCAGGCGACGAGGGGCGCUUGGAGGAGAGGCCAGGGACGGGCGGUAUGACCGACGUGGAGCAGGCGGUCCAGUCCACGACGCAGGACGUGGAGGUAUACUCGCUGGACGUCGCGGUGGACGACGUCAAGAUGAGCGAUGAGAAGAUCGGCCUGGCCGAGGAGAUGGCAGUUGGGUUGGAGACCUGGCUGCGAGACGCUGGCGAGGAGUACCGGACCAGCGAUGUGAGAGACUUCUGCAGGGUAGCUUUGGAGCUGGGCGCAGUGGACAUGAUCGAGACCUACGCCCCUGUGCGCUUCGCGGCAAUGGCGCAGAAGUAUGGCCUCCGCCCAGGCUUCGCCAUGGACCUGAGCGAGAACAAGCCAGGGUCGUACGAUUGUUGGGACUUGGAGAAGGAUGAUGACGUGAAGGAGCUGGAGGACCGAGUGUACCAGGAGGAGCCGUACGUACUAAUGGUGGGCCCGCCGUACUUGACUACGGCGGUGGGCUUCUACUGGCGGCAACAUCGUGCCGGUAGGUAUUUCCUACACGAACAUCCGGCAGGAGCGGACUCAUGGAAGGAGGAUUGCAUCGUAAGGCUCAGGAGCGAGCCGGGGGUCUACACGGUGGAGGGCCCCAUGUGCUGCUACGACAUGAAGCCGGAGAGUUUCGAGAAGGUCAGCGGCGAGCGUCACGUGUUGAUGCAGACCAGGUGGAUGACCAACUCGGAGGAGCUGGCCAAGGCGUUGGAUCGAUGGUGUGCCAACCGGACUGGUGGGCCGUACAACGUCCACAUGCAGGUGGUUGGCGGCGCGGCGAAGCAGACAGCAGCGUAUCCCGCGCGACUCGUUCGCACUAUCUUGAGGGCCCUGAAGGAGCAGAUGCGGCGAGAUCGAGACGCUAGCGCUGUAGAGUUGGCAGCUGCGGGACCUACACCUACGGAGCCGCCCUAUCCAGUCGACGACCUGGGCCCGAAGGAGAUCGAGAAUAUGGUGGAGUUUUACGAGGAGACCCGGGACGACAUCGCAGGCGAGAUACUUCCCCCGGAGUUGGUAAAGGAGGCUAGGAAGAAGGAGAUGGAUUGGGUUCGCAACGUCAAGUUGUACGACAAGGUACCGAGGAGCGAGAUGGAAUCCAGAGGAUUCAAGACAGUGAGUACACGGUGGGUUGACGUGAACAAGGGCGAUAAGGACAAUUACAACCUUGUUAGCGCGAUGCCACCGUGGGAGGCUAUCAAGGCCUUGUUCUCUCUCUUGGUCACCGACGGCUCCGUGGAUGGCACCGCAGACCCAGAGAUCGCCAUCUUCGACAUCAGCCGCGCGCAUUUCAUGGCGCCGGCGAAGCGUGAGCUAUACAUCGACAUUCCCGCGGAAGAUCGAGAACCAGGUGACGAGCACAUGGUCGGAAGGCUCAAUCGCAGCAUGUAUGGGUUCCGCGAUGCCAGUAGCAAUUGGAUGGGUGAUUGGCAGCAGUUGCUGGAGGCGGACGGGUUCGAGAUCGGAUAUUCCGCGCGGGAGAGCCACAGGCUAGGCUUCGCGGACCACUGCGUGAAGGAGGCGACGGUGCUGAACAGAGUCAUCAGGGUUGGCUAUAACCAGGACGGCCGCAAGUACGUUGAGAUCGAGCCGGACGCUGGGCACUCGGAGCUCAUCGUGCAGGCGCUGGGACUCGGCAAGGGCAAUGGCGUGAAGACGCCAAGCGUCAAGCCGACCGGUGCGGACAUUGAGCGGCAUCGGAGGUCACCGCCACUUUCUUCGACGGCAGCUUCGACAUUCAGAUCGGCUGUGAUGCGCGCGAGUUUUCUCGCGCAGGACCGGCAUGACAUCGGCGAGGCUGUGAAGACGUUGGCACAGAGGAUGGCCAAGCCAACGGAGGAGGCCAUGCAGGAGUUGAAGCGAUUGGGGCGAUACUUGGUGCAUCGGCCGUACGUGAGCCUCAUCUACGACCAGCAGCGCAUGCCAGACCACAUCCUCGCGUCCGUCGACAGCGACCACGCGGCGGACAGGCUGACCCGGAAGAGCGUCAGCGGCAUGGUCAUCAGGAUGGGGAGGCACGUGAUCAAGGGCAGCUCCAGCAUUCAGUCGGCACUCGGACUGAAUGUUGGCGAAGCGGAAUUCUAUGCAUUGGUACAUGGAGGAGCCCAUGGACUGGGUAUGCAGAGUUUCAUGCGUGACCUCAUGGUGGAGUUGGACGUGGUCGUGGAGUCCGACUCCACGUCGGCCAAGUCUUUCGCGUCCCGGAAGGGCUUGGGCAAGCAGCGGCACGUGCAGACGCGGUACUUGUGGAUCCAGGACGGCGUCCGCAAGAACCACCUGGAGAUUCAGAAGGUGCCGGGGAAGCAUAACGUUUCCGACAUUCUCACCAAGAGCGCUCCGGCGGCUGAGCUGGACAGGCACAUGGGCGUGAUGAACCUUUUC